UCCUCACCUUCGCGCCACACUGCAAACACGAACUUCUUUUCACUUCACUACGUAGCCGAGUCAACCCAGUCGCCCCAACUCGCCCUGGCUCUUCUCCACGGCCACACCAACAACCACCCAAGGCUCACCCACCUCCUGCUAAAAUGCGCUGCCAAACUUACAAUGCGCCAUCUCUACCAAAUCCAAGCCCAGGUCACCGCCCACCCCAUCCCCUCCCUCGACCCCAACCUCGUCGCCGUCAAGCUCAUCGGCGUCUGCGCCGCCCACGCUAACGUGCGCCACGGCGUCCAAAUCUUUGCCCACUACCUCCCAACCCCCAACAUCUUCGCCUACAACGCCGUCCUCAAAGCCUUCGCUCAACACAACGACUGGGACAACACUUUCCGUUGGUUUAACCGCCAAUUGCUCGACCCGAAUGCUCCGAUUCCCGAUGAGUAUAGUUUCACUUCUGUUCUCAAGGCCUGCGCCGGGCUCGGGGCAGCCGCCGAGGGCCGGAAGGUUCACUGCGUCGUGACUAAAUAUGGGUGUGACGGGAAUCUUUUUGUUCGGAAUUCGCUUGUUGCUUUUUAUUUCAGAAUUGGUUGUUUUGAUAUUGCGCACGAGAUGUUUGAUGAGAUGCCUGUGAGAGAUGUUGUGAGCUGGAACACUUUGGUUGCCGGGUAUUGUUUGAGCGGGCGGGUUGGUGAUGCCCAGGUUGUGUUUGAUGGAAUGGUAGAGAGGAAUUUGGUGUCUUGGUCGACGAUGGUGAGUGGGUAUGCGAAGGCGGGUCAUUUGGAGGAGGCUAGAAGGCUUUUUGACGAGAUGCCGGAGAGGAAUGUGGGGUCGUGGAACGCAAUGAUUGCCGGGUAUGCGCAGAAUAUGAAGUAUGCUGAGGCGAUUGAGUUGUUUAGGCGGAUGCAGGGUGUAGAGGGGUUGGUUCCGAAUGAAAUAACGCUUGUUAGUGUGUUGUCUGCUUGCGCUCAUCUUGGUGCUCUUGAUUUGGGGAGGUGGGUUGAUAGGUUCAUAAGGCGGAAAGGGAUGGAAUUGAGUCCGUUGUUGGGCAACGCAUUGGUGGAUAUGUAUGCAAAGUGUGGAUGCAUAACAGAAGCCAGAAGGAUUUUCAACACGAUGCAGGAGAGAGAUGUGAUAUCCUGGAGUGUUAUUAUUACAGGAUUGGCCAUGAAUGGACACGCGAGUGAAGCUCUCGAGCGCUUUGAUGCAAUGAUUGAGCACGGCAUGAGGCCAAAUGAUAUUACUUUCAUGGGGUUAUUGACAGCCUGCACUCAUGCUGGCUUAGUAGACAAGGGGCUUAGGUACUUUGAUGUGAUGGAUCGGACAUAUGGAAUUGUCCCCAAGGUUGAGCACUACGGGUGUGUGGUUGAUCUUCUCAGCCGUGCUGGCCGCCUUGAUGAGGCGGAGAAGUUGAUCAUCUCAAUGCCCGUGAAAUCUAAUGUCAUUGUCUGGGGUGCACUGCUUGGAGGUUGCCGGAUUUACAAAGAUGCUGAAAGAGGAGAACGUAUUGUGCAUCGCAUUCUUGAGCUAGAAUCUGAUCACUCUGGAAGUUACGUUUAUCUUGCCAACAUGUACACUUCAAUGGGUAGAUCAAAAGAUGCUGCUAAGUGUAGGCUGAGAAUACGACACAACGGAGUGAAAACACCCGGUUGUAGUUGGAUAGAGGUGGAUAACACAGUACAUGAGUUCUUCAUGGGGGACUUAUCACAUCCUCAGUCAGACAAGAUUUACUCUAUGAUAAGAGAACUUAGGUGGAAGAUGAAGCUAGCGGGGUACAGACCAAAGACGGAUCUGGUGGUGCACAAUGUAGAUGAAGAAGAGAAAGAGGAUGCUUUAUCCUUUCAUAGUGAAAGGCUGGCAAUUGCAUUCGGGUUAAUUAGUACUAUCGAAGGAACAACAAUUCGCGUUGUCAAGAACUUGCGAGUUUGCAAGGACUGCCAUGAUGCAACAAAGAUAAUCUCUAAAAUUGUUAACCGAGAGAUUGUUGUGCGAGACCGAAGCCGCUUCCAUCAUUUCAAAUAUGGUAGAUGUUCUUGCAAUGAUUAUUGGUAGCAACGGCGAAGUUCUCAAGUUGGAGAGUUUUGAGGGCCAGGAAAUGCACCAAAGAUGGUUUCUCCAUUCCUCUGCAUGGCCAAGCAUGAGAGUUUUUCUCAUAUAUGUCCCUCAAAUGAGAACGCUUGAUAAGCAAAUUCUGCUGAACUUUCCCAACAAAGAAUGAGUUCAAGUCUUACUCAGCCUUCUCUCUCUUACUAGAUUAAUUUCAUAACGGAGCUCCAACCAAGUCCUUGGCGAUAGUUUUCCAACCAAGUCCUUGGCAACGCAGCUGUUGGGCCCGUUAGUGUUAUACACAACGCAUAGUUUUCAAGGAAAAUCGUUUUUUGUUUGUUUUCUUCCUGGUUCUAGAAACGAAA